AGCGAGCUUUGGAGCUCUGCCAGAGUGUGCGUACGGGGCAGGAAGGAGCGAGCUCCCAACCGUCACCAUGAUGUGUGAAUGAAGGUGGACGUGAUCGGGACGACUUCUUCCCACCACUCCUUCACCUCUCACUUUCCUUCUGCUACCUAUCGUUGUCCGCACGCCGUGCGACGGUGGCAGGGAUAUGAUACCAACAGGGGGCCUUGCGUCGCUGGCGCUCCGGCGAGGCGCAACUCCGCCCAGCGCAGUGUUCCGACGUCUGGGCAUCCUCGCGACCACGACCAGCCCCCGGCUCCGUGUGCACCAUGGCUUCAAGGUCGGCGGCACCGCGGGUCGCGCGUGGGAGAGCACCACGACGAAGACCGCUGAGACAACGACAGAGGAAAAAGAGACGGGCCACUUCUCGGUGAAACAUAAUGAGUCGCUUCUCUUCUUCGACAACCUCUUCCCAAUCAAGCUGAGCUCCUUGGCCAGGUUGCCCGCUUUUUUUAGGAUGCCCGCUGAGCCUGACCGCGACCUAGCAGGCCUUCUCCGGCGGUUUGAGAACUCGUCCCUGGGCAUCAUGGACCCCAUCCGGCUCGUCAAGUCGGCCAUACCCGCCGACAUGUCACUCAAAGUCACGGAAAUCAUGCCCAGGCUCAAGGACGGCGGUGCAUUCGUCAAGGUGCAGUACGAUCCCAGCAUCAGCCCGUCCGAGAUUGAAGGUACUCUCUUGCGGAAACUCACUGAGCGCCCGCUUAAACCGUGGUUCAGCCCCUUUCGUGGAAUUCAGGCUCGUCUAGUGAGGGGCACUCCGUGGCUCGAAGACCUCUAUAGGUUUCCGUCAUCACUGGUCAGAGUCGAAUUUGUUCCCCAGGAACCGGGCCAAACCCCGGCAGAGCUCUCUGAAGAAAUCCUGUAUAGCCUCUUCCGUCGGUACGGCAAGAUUGCCGACAUUUUCCCUCAGGCCUGGGACUCCAAGGAGACGCCGAGGCAUGCGAUCAUUGGCUUCCCAAGGAUAAGAGACGCCAUCAUGGCGCGCAACUGUCUCCACGGCUUCGUCGUGACGGACGGCAUGGGAGGAGGCAAAGAUGGCACGGUCCUGCGCCUCUCGUACGUGAAACGCGUCAAAGCGCACAGCAUCUGGAAUUGGCUCACCAAUCAUCCACGAAUCGUCAUCCCCAUCGUCGCGGCCCUCAUUGCGGGCAUCUCAGUCAUGGUCUUUGACCCCAUCCGCAAGUUUUUCGUCAAGCUUCAUGUUCAACAAUCCCUCCGCUUCACCGAAUCCCGCCUCUACAAGUGGUUCAAGUCUCAAACAGGGAGUUUCAGCUUCGGCGGCAAGAACAAGGAACGCAUGGAAGGGUUGAGUACCGUUUGGAACCAUCGACGUGAUGUCAUUGAGCAGCUGCAAGGAUGGCUCGAUGGAAGCUCAGAUACCUUCAUCGUCGUCACUGGCCCAAGGGGCUCCGGCAAGGUGGAGAUGGUCAUGGACCAAGCGCUUCCUGGACGCAAGAACGUGCUCAUGAUUGAUUGCCGGCCUAUUGUGGAUGCCAGCGGCGAGGCCGGGACGCUGAGGCGAUUAGCCAGUGCCGUGGGAUAUCGACCGAUCUUCUCGUGGGCCAACAGCUUGAGCAGCAUGGUGGAUCUUGCUGUGCAAAGCACAACGGGCGUCAAGGCAGGAUUCUCCGAGACGCUGGAAUCACAGGUCAACAGCAUCCUUCAUACGACUGCAACGGCACUCAAGGAGGUGGCGCUCUCUGGGCGGUCGAAGAAGGACAAGGAUGCCGCGCUCUCCGAAGACGCGUUCCUUGAGGCUCAUCCGGAGCGACGACCUGUCAUCGUCAUCGACAAUUUUCUACAUAAGAACGAUGACAAAUCUUUUGUGUACGACAAGAUUGCGGAGUGGGCAGCCACGAUUGUGCAAAACAACGUCGCGCACGUUGUGUUCCUGACUAGCGACUCGGCGUACUCGAAGCCACUGUCCAAGGCCAUGCCGGACAGGGUCUUCCGCACGAUCUCUCUUGGCGACCUCGAUCACAGCGUGGCCAAGAACUUUGUUCUUAGCCGCCUGGAAGAGGAACAGCGACUGGAGGGCGAAGCCAGCGAGACCAAGGAAGGCCAACAAAAGACGCUCCGGGCCCAACACAACCUUAAUGGACUGGACGAGUGCAUCGAGACACUUGGGGGUCGCCUGACAGAUCUCGAGUUCCUCUCGCGACGCAUCAAGGCCGGACAGAGCCCGCGACAAGCCAUGGAUGAAAUUGUGGGCGAAAGUGCCACGGACAUUGUCAAAAUGUACCUCCUGCCCAAGGCGGGCGAAGAGAAGAAGUACUCCAUGCAGCAGGCUUGGCAUGUCGUCAAGGCUCUCGCCGAAGCCCCAUCGUUGAGAUACAACCAGGUUCUCAUGUCACCGGCCUUUGCAUCUUCCACGACCCCUUCGGCCGCCGAUGGCGAGGCCGCGCUCGAGGCCCUAGCCAGCUCGGAGCUCAUCUCGCUGAAGUCUCACCAAGGCCGGCCCCAGCUCGUCCGCGCGGGCAAGCCCCUCCACCAAGCCGCAUUUGCCGUGCUUGUGCGCGACCGCGUGCUCAAGGCCAAGAUGGACCUUGCCGCCUUGACGGAGCUGUCCAAGGUGGAGGCAAAGAGCAUAAGCUCGGUCGAGCAGGAGCUCACAUUGCUGGGAGCGCUUCCGCGUCAGACCAACGAGACGGCGGGCCGGGUCACGUACCUGCUCGGCAAGCUCGACGCGUCGCAGAGGAAGAUUGCGGAGCUGGAUCGGGAGAUGGCGGCUCUGAAGAAGGUGCUCAACGAGGAGUUUUAGCCUCGACCUUUGACGUGUUGCUGCUGAUUGGGAGGCUGAGGUUUGUCUGCCUCUGCGAAUCGCAAUUGUAUACUACGUAAUGUAUAGCGGGCUGGUGAGAGACGGCGUUUGCACCUGUUGUUCUGGGUGAUACAGGUCGGACGGUUGGGUGUUAGAUACGAGGGUGUUGGUUUUACUGCUCCGUAGCGAGGCACGCUACUCACCCGAAGACAUAAUGAUGAUUACACACAUACACACACACAAGGAGAGAAGAAUUCUCAAAUCUGCCCGCCGCACGGGGAUGAGGCGAAUGAGCGCCUUGGUGAAUUGUCUGACUGGAUAUAUAGCACGCAGAGAAUGACAUAGCAGCAUGGACGAUACCAAGACGAAGCAAACUGGGCUGGA